AUGUCUGAUUCAAACAUCCCAGAGUUGAAAAACUCAGUUUUAGAACUAAUUGGUAAUACUCCUUUAGUUAAAUUAAAUAAAAUCCCACAAUCUUUAGGUAUAAAACCAAAAAUUUUAGCUAAAGUGGAAUUUUUCAAUGCUGGUGGUAGUGUUAAAGAUAGAAUCGCUUUGAGAAUGGUGGAACAAGCUGAAAAAGAAGGUAGAAUCAAACCAGGCUAUACUUUAAUCGAACCAACCUCGGGGAAUACUGGUAUUGGUUUAGCUUUACUUGGUGCUGUUAAAGGUUAUAAAACAAUUAUAACUUUACCUGAAAAAAUGUCAAAUGAAAAAGUUUCAGUUUUAAAAGCUCUUGGUGCUGAAAUUAUUAGAACUCCAAAUGAAGCUGCUUUUGAUUCUCCUGAAUCUCAUAUUGGUGUUGCUAAAAAAUUAAAUAAAGAAAUUAAAAAUUCUGUUAUUUUGGAUCAAUAUGGUAAUAUUAAUAAUCCAGAUGCUCAUUAUUAUACUACAGGGGUGGAAAUUUAUGAACAAACUAAAGGUGAUAUCACUGCAUUAGUUGCAGGUGCUGGUACUGGUGGUACUAUUUCAGGUAUUGCUAAAUAUUUAAAAGAACAAGAUUCCAAUAUUAAAAUUGUUGGUGCUGAUCCUAAAGGUUCAAUCUUAGCUGUUCCAGAAACUUUAAAUGAAACUGAUGUUAGUCAAUAUAAAGUUGAAGGUAUUGGUUAUGAUUUCAUUCCAGAAGCUUUAAAUAGAGAUUUAAUUGAUGAAUGGUAUAAAACUGAUGAUCAAGAAUCUUUCACCUUAGCAAGAAGAUUAAUUAGAGAAGAAGGUUUAUUAAUUGGUGGUUCUUCUGGUAGUGCAUUAGCUGCUGCUAUUAGAUAUUGUAAAGAUCAUCCUGAAUUAACUGAAAAAGAUACUAUUGUUGUUGUUUUCCCAGAUAGUGUUAGAUCUUAUUUAACUAAAUUUAUUGAUGAUGAAUGGAUGAAAUCAAAUGAUUUCCAAAUUGAAACUAAUCAAAAUGAUAUUGCUAAAAAUGAUGAAUUUAAUAAUGCUACAAUUAAAUCAUUAAAUUUAAAACCUGUUGUUGCAGUUAAAUCAAAUACAAAAGUUCAAGAAGUUGUUAAAAUUUUAAAAGAAUAUGGUUUUGAUCAAUUACCAAUUUUAUCACCAAAAACUGAAAAAUUAAUUGGUUUAAUUACACUGAGUAAAUUAUUAUCAUCAUUAUCAUCGAACUCCAUAACAAUUAAUGAUUCAAUUGAAGAUAUUUUCUUAGAUUUUAGAAAAUUAAAUAAUUUUGAUGAUGUUAAUAUUUUUAAUGAAAAUAAAUCUAAAAAGAAAAAAUUUAUUAAAAUUACUGAAGAAACAAAUUUAAAUGAAUUAAAGAAAUUUUUUGAAAAAAAUGCAAGUGCUGUUGUUACUGAUAAAGAUUAUAAACCAAUCCAUGUUGUUACAAAAGUUGAUUUAUUAGAUUAUUUCAUUGGAAAUUGA